AUGAAAUACGUCGUUGUCUCCGGUGGUGUUAUUUCCGGUAUUGGUAAAGGUGUUUUAGCUUCAUCAACAGGGUUGUUGUUCAAGACUUUAGGGUUGAGAGUUACAUCAAUCAAAAUUGACCCUUAUAUGAACAUUGAUGCUGGUACCAUGUCGCCAUUAGAGCAUGGGGAAUGUUUUGUUUUGGACGAUGGUGGUGAAGUUGAUUUGGACUUGGGUAAUUAUGAACGUUACUUAAACAUUACCUUGACAAGAAACCACAACAUUACCACUGGUAAAAUUUAUCUGCACGUUAUUGAAAGGGAAAGAAAAGGUGAUUACUUGGGUAAAACCGUUCAAGUAGUUCCUCAUAUUACCAAUGCAAUUCAAGAUUGGAUUGAAAGAGUAGCACGUAUUCCGGUUGAUGAUACUGGUUUAGAACCAGAAGUUUGUAUUAUUGAACUUGGUGGUACUGUUGGUGACAUUGAAAGUGCUCCUUUUGUUGAAGCAUUAAGACAAUUCCAAUUCAGAGUGGGUAACGAAAAUUUUGCAUUAAUUCAUGUGUCUUUGGUUCCUGUCAUUCACGGUGAACAAAAGACAAAACCAACACAAGCAGCAAUUAAAGACUUGAGAUCAUUAGGUUUGACUCCAGAUAUGAUUGCUUGUAGAUGUCAAGAAGAGUUGGAGCACGCUACAAUUGAGAAAAUUGGUAUGUUCUGUCAUGUUGGUCCAGAACAAGUUAUUGCUGUCCAUGAUGUCAACUCAACUUAUCAUGUUCCAUUAUUAUUGAAACAACAAAAGGUCAUGAAUUACUUAACCAAGAGAUUAACAAUUGGUGAAAUUGACAAACAAUCCUUAGCCAAGGGUGAAGCAUUAUUGAGCAAAUGGAGACAUUUAACAAGUAGCCAUGACAAAUCGUUUGAAACUGUUACAAUUGCAUUAGUUGGAAAGUAUACUCAUUUGCACGAUUCAUAUUUAUCAGUCAUCAAGUCCUUAGAACACGCUUCAAUGAGAUGUAACAGAAGAUUGAAAAUUGAAUGGGUUGAAUCAUCUGACUUAGAAGAGGACACCAAAAAGGAAAACUUAUCCAAAUACCACAAGGCAUGGCAUUUUGUUUGUCAAGCAGACGGCAUUUUAGUACCAGGUGGGUUUGGUUCAAGAGGUAUUGAAGGUAUGGUUUCUGCUGCCAAGUACGCAAGAGAAAACAAUGUUCCUUAUUUGGGUGUUUGUUUGGGUUUACAAAUUGCCGUUAUUGAAUUCGUUAGAAGUGUAUUGGGUGUUUCCCAUUCUACUUCCAUGGAAUUCGAUAGCAAUAUCGAAGAAAAAGAUGCUUCGGUAGUUUAUAUGCCUGAUGUUGACCAAGUCAAAUUAGGAGGAACCAUGAGAUUGGGUAUCCAUCAAACCAAAUUCGUCAAGGAUUCAGAAUGGUCCAAUUUAAGGAAAUUGUAUGGUGGCGCUGAUGCAGUUUACGAAAGACACAGACAUAGAUACGAAGUCAACCCUCUAUUGAUUGAUGACAUUGAAAAACAAGGCUUAAAGUUCAUUGGUAAAGAUGAAACAGGUAAAAGAAUGGAAAUGAUCGAAUUAAAGGAUCAUAAAUUCUUUGUUGGGACACAGUAUCACCCAGAAUACUUGUCGAAAGUAUUGGAUCCUUCAAGACCAUUCCUUGGUUUGGUUGCCGCUGCUGCCGGUAUAUUAGAAGAUGUCUUGUCUAGAGACGACUUGAACUAUAAAGGGGAAUUUUAA